UGGUUUGUUCAUGUGAUGGCACUUCUAGAAAAGUCAAGACACCUGAAAGAAAAAGAGAUAGUCGGCGGUUUAAUUGUAAGGAAAAUUUUGUGAUUAAAAGAAUUCCCGAUGAUAAGUAUAGACUAAUUGAGUUCAAGUCGGAGCAUACUCAUGAUCUUGUCCCACCUGAGCAUUCCCAUUAUUUGAGGUCCCAUAGGAAAAUCGAUUUUUCACAAGCUGAAUUUAUGAACAAAAUGCGUUCAUCUGGAAUAAGAUAAGGACAAAUUUUCUCUUACAUGUGUGAAGAAGCUGGUGGAGCCCAAAAUCUUAAUUUCACAAGAUCUGAUUGCAACAAUUUAUUACAAAGAACACGGGCUAAAUUUUUCAAGAAAGGUGAUGCCGAAUGUCUCCUUGAAUACUUCAAACAAAAGAAAGGGGAAAACAAACAUUUUUUUUACUAUUUUCGAACUCGGGAAGAUGGUGAGAUACGCGGUGUAUUUUUUUGUGAUGCAAAAUCGAGGCGUGAUUAUGGGUUAUUUGGUGAUGCAAUAUGUUUUGAUACAACAUUUCGGACAAACAAUUAUGACAUGUUAUGUGCACCAAUUGUUGGCAUCAACCAUCAUGGGCAAACAUCACUUUUUGGAUGUGGUCUACUUGAUGAUGAGACAAUUGAUGCAGUAAUGUGGUUGUUUACUACUUUCUUUGAGGCUAUGGGAGGGAAAAAACCAAGAAGCAUAUUUACAGAUCAGUCUGCAGCUAUAUCAAGUGUUAUUGAUACGGUAUUGCCUUCAGCCCACCAUGGAUUGUGUUUGUGGCAUUUAUGUCAAAAUGCUGCAAAGAACUUGAGUAAUGAUGGAUAUAAAUCAUUUGCACCACAAUUCAAAGCUUGCAUUUAUAAUCCUGAAACAGUUGAAGAAUUUGAACAAAGUUGGGACAAAUUGCUUGAAGAUAAUGGGCUAAGAGGUAAUGAGUGGUUGCAAAGAACAUAUGAGUUGAGAAAGAAAUGGGCUCAAGUGUAUAAUCGGGCUCACUUUUGUGCUGGCAUGACCACUUCACAGAGAAGUGAGAGCAUUAAUAAGUUUUUGAAGGAUUAUUUUAAUCAUAGUAGAAUUGUUCUUCGGGAAUUUGUAAGUCUGUACUCUAGGGCCAUGGAUAAUCGUCGUGAAAAAGAAAGGGAGGCUGAACACUUAACACAACAAACAACACCUAAUUUGGUUUGUAAUUGGUCUGUAGAACAUGAAGUUGCAAAAAAAUACACCAAAAAAAUAUUUUAUUGGUUUCAAGAAGGUAUUAAGCAAACUAUUGAUUUGUCAUUGGAAUUGGAUAAUGAUGAUGGAACUAUCCGUACAUAUAAAGCUAAAGAGAUUGAAGGUCAACAAAGGAUUCGCACACUUACAUACAAUCAAUUGGAACAAACAGUGUCAUGCACAUGUAGAAGCUUUGAGUUCAAUGGAAUCAUUUGUUCGCAUGCAUUGAAGCUAUUCCGCCACUUAGAGUUCAAAAGUUUACCUUCUCAAUACUAUUUGAAAAGAUGGACACGGGCAGCAACACAUGAUAUUAUUUGUGACCCCAUGGGAGAGAUAAUACCAAAUGACAAUGAUCCAAUGCUAUCAGCACAUUAUAGUGAGUUAUCACAAAUUUCACAAAAAAUUAUUGUCAAGGGUUCAAGGAGUCUUGAUUUUUUUUCAUUAAGCAAGUCACUAUUGCUAGAAGUGGAAGAAAAGAUUGAAGCCUUGGCUAUAGCCUUCGAUUAAGAUGUGAACAAGAGCAUUCUGAUCGACACACAUCAUAAUUUAGAAUCAAACAUGCAGCAGGACCUACAAUUGAAAGACCCAACAAAAAGACGCUUGAAAGGCCAAUGUAGCAAAAGAAUGAAAGGUCCAAUGGAAACCAAAUCACGAAAAAAGAAAUCGUCAAAAGUAAUGGAUCAGUUGUUAACCAAACUUACUUGUAUUAUUUUUCAUUCAUGUAUGUAUGUGACAAAGAAAAAUAACACGGUAUAUUUUUUUGGAUGGCAAGACAGAUAAUAGGAAUGCAACCCACAUCAUGAAUCUUGGAUGCUUGAACUCUAAUCGUGUUGUAGAUGUGGGGUAUUUGGAAUGGCCCAACAAACAUAUUAUAACAAUAAUAGUUGGCAAUUGAUGCAUCCUAGAGGCAUGUAUCCACAUGCAAGCUUACAACCUCAAUGCAAGUUUCAACCAUGGAAUAUCGCAUCUCAACAAAGGGCACUCCCCUCAAAUGAUUUCUCAAUGUCACAGGAAGCUUCUUCAUCCCAAAUGUAUGCAUUUCCAAAAAUACGUAGAAGUCAACAAUUUCAAAGUUCCUCAACAUCAAACUUCACGAAUUAACCGACAUUGUAGAAAGCAGUGGUUCACUAAGUGU